CUGAGUCACUUCCGAGUUUACAAAACCAUGAACUCACUUCCAUUCAUUUUCCUUCUCCUUCUCUCUCUCAACUUCGCCGGAGCUUCCGUCUCUCCUCCGUCCUCUACCGCCCUCUGUAAAUCCACUCUCUACCCUAAGCUCUGCCGCUCCAUUCUCUCCUCUAUACGCUUCUCCCCUUCCGAUCCAUACGGCUACGGAAAAUUUUCCGUCAAGCAAUGUAUCAAACAAGCGAUCAAAAUGUCGACAGUAAUCGGCGACUGUCUCGACCGAGGACGCGAUUCGAGGCUGAAUCGGCGAGAGGCCGGCGCUCUGAGUGACUGCAGAGAGCUCUCCGAUUUGAAUGUGGAAUUUCUUCGGUCGAUUGAGAGGGUAUUGGAAGCGGCAGAGGGAGUCGAUGAGGAACUGGUGGAGCGGGUUGAGAGUACUUUGAGCGCGAUCGUGACGAACGGCCAGACUUGCGUCGACGGAUUGGUGGAAUCGAGGAGUAGUUUGGGGAAGGCGCUAUCGGCACCGCUUUUGAGCGCUGGAGAGCUGUACAGUGUGUCGUUGGGAUUGGUCUCGAACGCUAUGUCGCGGCGGUGGAAGAAGCGUCGGGAGAAGGGAGGCGGAAACGGAGGGGUUCCGGGGGGUGGGCGGAGCAGAGAGGCAUUGAACACGCUGAUCAAGGGACUACAUAAAAUGGAACCAUGCAACAACCACUCCACAAAGUGCUCAGGAAGGAAGCGUUUGUUAACUGAUUUAGGCAGCUCAGGAAUUUUGAUAAACAACACUGUGGUUGUUAGCUCAACUGGUGCUGACAACUUCACAUCAAUUGGAGAUGCAAUUGCAUUUGCUCCCAACAAUUCAAUGCCUCAAGAUGGCUACUUUGUCAUCUAUGUCAGGGAAGGAUACUAUGAAGAAUACGUCGUCGUCCCCAAAUUCAAAACCAAUAUAAUGCUUAUUGGAGACGGCAUUAACCGAACCAUCAUCACCGGGAACCAUAACGUCGUUGAUGGGUGGACAACUUAUAAUUCUUCUACCUUCACUGUUUGUGGGGAUGGAUUUGUUGCAAUAGAUGUGACAUUCAGGAACACAGCAGGACCAGAAAAGCACCAAGCAGUAGCAUUAAGAAACAGUGCAGAUCUCUCAACAUUCUACCGCUGUAGUUUUGAAGGAUAUCAAGACACUCUUUAUGUACAUUCCCUAAGACAAUUCUAUAGAGAAUGUGAUAUUUAUGGAACUGUUGAUUUCAUUUUUGGCAAUGCAGCUGCAGUUUUCCAGCAAUGCAAUCUCUAUGCAAGAAAGCCACUCCCCAACCAAAAAAACGCCUUCACCGCACAGGGUCGAACCGAUCCGAACCAAAACACAGGCAUCUCAAUCCACAACUGCACCAUCAAGGCUGCGCCCGACUGGGUAAUGGAUUCGAAUACAACAACGACAAACUAUCUUGGUCGGCCGUGGAAGCAGUACUCGAGGACAGUGUAUAUGCAAUCUUAUAUUGGGGAUUUGAUAAGCCCAGUUGGGUGGUUGGAAUGGAAUGGAACAGUUGGAUUGGAGACAUUGUACUAUGGAGAGUAUGAGAAUUAUGGACCUGGAGCUAAUACAAGUUUGAGAGUGAAUUGGCCUGGAUUUAGCUUGAUGAAUCUUACACAAGCUAUGAAUUUUACUGUCUAUAAUUUCACUAUGGGAGAUACUUGGUUGCCUUAUACUGAUAUCCCUUUCUCCGGAGGUUUGCUAAUUAAGUAAAGUUCUCCUCUCGUUCAAGCUUUUUGAUCAUUUAUCUAUGGAGAAAUAUGUAUUCUUGGUUGCUUCAGUGUAUUGGUUACUAUGAAAUCAAGAGAAACCUAUAAAGAACAAGCUGGCUGCCGAAGGGAGUUUGGCUUGGUGUCGUUGAUACCAUCUCUAGAUAUAGAGAUUGAAUGCUUGAUUUCUUAAUUUGUAUUUGUUGUAUUAAGGAAAAAAAAAAGACUCGUCGAUUUGAUAAAGUUCAUUUGGUAAUUAUUUUA